GCUGCCGCCCGCGCUCCCGCCGCGUCCCCGCCCCUCCGCCAUGGCCGAUGUGGAGGACGGGGACGAGCCCGGCGCCCCCCACUCGCUGCCGGGCUCCGCGGGCUCCAAGGCGGGCGCCCCCGACAAGAUGUUCUCGCUGAAGAAGUGGAAUGCUGUGGCCAUGUGGAGCUGGGACGUGGAGUGCGACACCUGCGCCAUUUGCCGGGUGCAGGUCAUGGAUGCCUGUCUUAGAUGUCAAGCUGAAAACAAACAAGAAGAUUGUGUUGUGGUUUGGGGAGAAUGCAAUCAUUCCUUCCACAAUUGCUGCAUGUCCUUGUGGGUGAAACAGAAUAAUCGCUGUCCCCUCUGCCAGCAGGACUGGGUAGUCCAGAGAAUAGGCAAAUAAAAACUGGAGGGUUUCUUUCUGUUGCACUUGUUGGAAUGGUGUGUGCGUUACGCCCUGUGCUCAUGCAGAACUGGACGUGUCUGUCAGGACAUGGCUCACUUGGUUUAUCUGCUCCACAGUGGGUUUGCUGCAGGCCGUGGUCAGGCUCACUGCAAGGGUUCCACAAUUGAAACAGGACAUCGACAAAACUACAUCAACAAAUGUAUCUGCUGUGAUUAAACUGUUGUCUGUAUCAGAGCAUAGAAACCUACUGGUGCAUAUUAUAACCCUAAACACAGAGCAGUUAAUGUUUUUCCUUUGAUAAAUUAAUUAAAUGGAAAGAGUCACCUUACCUGGUCUGAUACACUGCUUAGUUUACUGUCAGGAUAAAGAAAAUAUUUCCUAAGUACUAUUGUUGGCAAAAACACAGUCAGUGUGGUUUUUAAUAAAAUAUUCUGGGUUUUAAUCUAAAAUGAACAGUGUGUAAAACAUUUGCUGUGUGCUUUUUCCAUCACACUGUAUUAAACAUUUCUAAUUUAGGUUUUCUUAAUGACUUUCAUUUUGUUGUAUCUUCAAGUCUGUUGCUCUGUUAUGUUCUAGGCAUGAUUUAUACAACUAUAAUGUUAAAAUUUAACCAUGUUAAAAUUUUUUUUAUUUAUAUUUCUGUUGGUGAUCAUGGAGACAUGUAUUUUUAAUCCAAAGAUUUUUGGUAAAAAGACUUGUAUUUGAUAUCAGUUAACUAGAGGUGUUGACAAUCUUGCUGGUUAGCUGAUUAAUAUAGGAAGCAAACAAAAGCGAUAAUUUAAAUAAGCCAAGGAAAAGAGGCACUAACUAAAUCUAGGGGAAAAUGGUAAAUUGUAAUUUCAUGAAAAUUUAUUGAACAGAAAUUUGUUUAUUUUCUUUUUAUUGGUCACAGUGCUUUGGAAGCAUUUUUUCAUUUUUGUGGAAAUCCUGAAUAUAGCAUCUUCUUUGAAUUUUUUCUUGCAGCUGUUUAAGUGCUUGCCUCUAACUUUGUCCUUUCCCUAAAUAUCCAAAUUACUAUGAAUCUGAACAUAUGCUGUGGGAUUUUUAAAAUAUAUGUAAUGGAGAAGUAGAAUUAUUGGUUUAAAUCUGUAACAAAUUCAGGCUUAAUAAAAUGGUUAAUCAACAUGGAUGAAAUUGAAGCAAUAUAAUAUGCAUUGUUUACCUCAAAAUUAUCAUCUUUAAUGUUUAAUGUGUUUCUCAGUAGAUGUAUUUCUGUCUAAUUCUAUGUACAUUUAAAGAGGUUUUCUUCAUUGUAUAAAGUAGUUCAAAUCAUUGUCAUCAAGCAUAUUGCAGAGCUUACUGUGGUUUUGUUUAAUAUUGUAGUCUUGUUUUAAAGAUGUUUGAUUUUUUAAAUGUAGCUUUUGUUAAUUACACACUAAGAUAAAAAAUCCUGAGUUGCUGUUACACUGUAUCACAUCAGUUGUUAUUAUGCCAGAUGACAUCUGUCUUAAAACUGAAUACAAAUGUAAAAUGUGUUUUACAGUAAUGUAAAACAGUAGUAAUGAAGUGCCUAUAGCAUUUACA